ACGGGUGACGCCAAAAUAAAGAGAUAUUUCCAGAAUAUCAGUUAUUUCUAGCUUUAUUUUAUAUUUUUAGUUCUUUCCUUAACAUAUUGUAAUCUAAGUUAAUUAUUAGCUUUUUUCCUAUAUGUGUUAAGGGUUUAUUCUUCAAAAUAUAAGUCAUGUCUCAAAGAGAACGCCGCAGUAAUGCAGGCAAUCGCAUGGCCAAGUUACUUGAUGAAGAAGAGGAAGACGACUUCUAUAAAACAACUUACGGUGGCUUCCAGGACGUUGAAGAAGAUAGAGAUUAUAUAGAAGAAAAAGAACAAGAUGAUGUUGUCGAUUCGGAUUUUGAUAUUGAUGAAGAUGACGAGCCCCACUCUGAUCAGGAGGCAGAAUCCAAGGAGAAACGAAAAACAAACACCAAUGUUUAUAAGGAUCCCAAUAGGAAAAAGGCUGCAGUUGAAAAACCUAAAGCAGUUGGAAGGAAACCAAAAGAACCAAAGGUUAAAGAAAAAGAGGAUGAUGCCGAGAAAUCAGAAAAAACUACAGUACUGGAUGCAUCUACAACAGAACGAAAAUCUAUCAGACAAAGUACAGCAGUAAAAUCAGCAGAAACACAGCAGAGGAUAAAGAUCAGAUCGGAACUGAAAAAGAAAAAGCCAAAAAAGGUAGAGGAAAAGUGGCCAACUCAAGAAGAAUUAUUAGAAGAGGCACUUGAAACAGAAAAGGAAAAUUUAAAAAGCUUAGAGAGAUUUGAACAAAUUGAAAUGGAGAGAAAGAAGGUACGACCUACAAAGAAAACUAUUACGGGACCAGUUAUUAGGUAUCAUUCCUUUUCUGUCCCUUUAAUAACUGAGAUAUCAGAAGAAGAAAAACACAGUCCUCUUCGCACGGAGGAUGCUACAGUGAGUGAUGUGAUCAAAAGUGAAGAUGAGAUAACAACAGGUGAAGAAAGUAAUGCCGAUGUAACAAUGAAAGAACCAAAGAUUGAAACAAUUGAAGAAAAAAUAGAGAAAAUGGAAACUGACACAAAAACAGAUGUAGAAGUGAUAGGACCAGAUGACGAAAUAGACAUCGAGAAAGUUAACGAAAAAGAUGAAAAGCCACCUAAAGAAGAGACCAAAAAUAUCACAUACCAUGAGCGUACGUUGAUUUCUUUCGAGAAUGACAUAAAGGAUAUUGCCUUUAACGCCUGCUUCCCGAAGUCGCACCGGAAGAGACGGCGGGAUCUUCUAUGCGCUGUUACUAAGAGGCCAGCACGCUACAUAGAUCCUAUAACAAAACUUCCAUAUAGAAGUGUAGACGCAUUUCGGAUAAUACGAGAAGCAUAUUAUCAACAACUGGAGGCAAGAGGCGACAGGUCUGAUCCACAAGUGGCUGCAUGGCUCCAGUGGAGGCGUGCGGAUACCGCAUCGACUUAUGUGCAAAUACAUAUAAAGUGAAUUAUGAAUUGUAUUCUGCAGUAGUUAGUCACAAUUUAGCUUGUACGAUGCAAAAAUGGAAAGUACUAAGUUGACUGAUUUAAUAUCUGGUAUAAGGACAAGCAAAGACGAUUUUCUUCCUUGGAUUCACCAUAUGGAUGCCGAGUUCAUCU